AUCGACGUCAGAUCACCUACUGUCAGAGACUGUAAAGAUGGCGUCUGCACAGACACCGCUGCUCAGCCGCAUCUCUGCAGCCUGGGCCGUUUUUCUCGGUUUAUUAAACAUAUUAAACGCGGGAUUUUGCGAUGAGCAGGUGCCGCUUCUUCUGUGGACGAGCGAAGGGAUCUCUCUGCCAAGUCAGUCCCCUCCUACUGCAGGUCACAUUGUUGGGCAGCAGCAGCUUGCGUCUUACCUGGAGAAAGCUCUGAAUGUGGGCCCACGAAAUGUAGUGCUGUUCCUUCAGGACAAGAUGAGCAUAGAGGAUUUCACCAUGUACGGAGGGGCUUUUGGAAACAAGCAGGACAGUGUUUUCCCCAACCUGGAGGGGGCUCUGAUGUCCUCAUCCUCCCCUCUGGUGUUACCUGCUGUGUCCUGGCCUGCCUCCAAUGCAGUGAUUGGCCAGCUCCAAGACCAAUUAGAAACUUCCCCUCUGUACAUGGACCCUGAGACACUGAGCCAGCUGAGACUCAAUGCGUCCUCACCCGCCCUGCUGGUGUUCAGGCUGCCCUACGGCAUCGGGGCUGAUUUGAUGUCUGCUAAAGAGAUUCUCAGUGGAAACGACGAGGUGAUCGGUCAGGUGUUGAGCAUCAUGAAGACCCAGUCUGUUCCAUACACAGCCAUUUACACAGCCCUGCGUCCCUCAAGGGAGGCAGCGUCUCUCUCUAUGGAAGCAGGUGUGGGUGGCGGACGCUCUCUGCUGCAGGCCAGAGGUGGCUACAGGGAUAGGGAGAGAGAAAGGGAGAGGCAGCGCAGGAUUAAAGAGAGGGCCGAUAUCUACGCUCCAGUGGAGUUUAAGGAGAGAGAGGACACCUGUAUCCUCAUGUGGGCAAAAGGCCUGUCGGUGAGCAUCCUCCGGAGUGGUCGCUGGGAGGAACAUGACCUGACUCCAUCUACCUUUGGGGAGGGUGUCAGCCCAAAACUCCACGGCUCAAGCUGCGACAAAACCAAAGCAAAGUUGGUUCUUAAUUAUGAGAAUGUACUCGGCCACCGCAGCUUUAAACUGAUCUUUGCUAUGAGCCAGCGUCACUAUAAGGUGUCUGCACGCCGCUGGUUCACACUUGACGCCGUGGAGCUGGAGUACGACGGGACCAAAGCCACGUUCAACGGCAGCAGACACGUUUAUGCCCCCGCUGAGUACUCGUACCGCUGUGAGUCUGUCACCAACUUCCGUUGGCCGCUACUCAUCCCACGCUCAUCCAAAGACCCAGCCAAUCAGUGGAGAGUCUCCUUUGAGGACUUCCAGAUCCAGGGCUUCAACGUGACCGGCAGUGAAUUCUCAUAUGCCAGUGACUGUGCGGGCUUCUUCUCUCCUGGUAUCUGGAUGGGUCUGAUGACCAGUCUGCUCAUGGUCCUGGUGCUCACCUACGGCCUGCACAUGAUCAUGCAGCUCCGCACCAUGGACCGCUUUGAUGACCCCAAGGGCCCUGCCAUCUCCGUUCCCCAGACAGAGUGACACACCUGCCAUCUGUCCCCUGACUUCACCCUCCAUCUUUCCUCCUCUCACUGCAAUGCUUCCACUUCCACCCUUUACAUUUCUCUCCCCAUUCAUCUCUAGUUGGACAGUAUACAGAAUAAUUAGUGAUGUUGUCAGAAUAAGAGUUUAUUCUUCAUUAUGUCAGUGUCAGUUUAUACCUUUUAAAAUGUGCAUCCUAAGACUGAAGCAUCUAGUUUUCAGGCUGCCAUAGAUUAAGAUGUCCCCCCUGAGAGGGAUACACCUGUACAUAGGGGAACAAGAAUAACGAAUAAUGAUGUGAAAUAUGAAAUGCUAUUUAUUUGUGAAUCUACUGUCAUUUGUCUAUGUUUGUGUGUACAUUUGUGGCUGUGAGUAGAACAUGAAAUGUAGUCGUUGAAUGAAGGGAAUCAAUUUUGUAACUGGAUGAUAGAGAAAUUAUAUCCAUUACAUUCCAUUAACUUUAGGCAAAAGGGAUGUUUUGAUGAACAUGCAACAUGAAAGAAGCACUGAGAUGCAACAUUAAAAUCAGACAUUUCCAGUUGUUUCUGUAUAAUCCUCUUGGUUGUUUUAAGUUUUCAUUUUUGAACAAUAUUGUUUGUCUUUAACAUGAGUCAAGCUCUCGCAACUGACGUGCACUGAAAUAUGCUUAAUGUGAAACUUAUCUUUCUGUUUAAUUUAUUUUGUAGUGAAUCUCAAUGAUGUAAGGUCUUGUUUUGUGCUGCUGCUGUGACCCCAAUAAAACAUCUGAGAAGAGG